UGUGUGUUUAACUUAGCGGACUGGUGAUCGAAUGAACGAGAUUAAACACCUUGUAAGCAAAUACACUUGGCGCCUUUUUGUGCUGUUAAUUUGUGUUGAACAUAGGAGCAUUUGUUGGAGACUGGAUUAACUGUUAAAAAAUAAAAUUGUUUUAUGGCUGCUUGACGUCACAAGCCAAUUAAACCAUCGGAUUAGAAGUUCCAGUUGCUGUUGUAGUGCGUCAAGAUUUCCUGUGGAGUUGACAGUGGUGUGCUGUGGUGAGAACUAACACACUGAUGUGUCAGUGACGUAUACAUGUUGGAUGUGUAGGUGAUCCAGUGUGUUGUCGUGACGAGAGAGGCACCGGGUGACACGUGAUGGAUUAGUGUCUGCGAGUGCCAGAACACACUUGAUGAUGCCGUACGUGGACUUGUCUUUUGAGGGGCGGCAACUGGCCGAGAGGAAUCAGCUGGAUAAUGGGAGGCUACCACACGGAGGCUACAGGGGUAGCAAAAAGUUUCCCCCAAGUCUUCUAUCGUGUGAGAAAGGUGUUGAGUUCCAGCACAGUUUGGUACAGGAAGUGCAGCAGAUCCUGAGGGACGAGGCCAUCUACAAAUGUGGGCCGACGCCCACCUGGUCCCUGCUGGUCCACAAAGAGCCCGCCUACACGGACGAGUCGCCGUUGAUGACCAACGACUUUCUGGCAGCAAACAAGAUCGACCAAUCAAGUGGUGGGGGUUCCUACCCCCGGGGGCUCACCAGCCCCACCAAAUGUGCGCCCCCCGUCCGUAAUGACGGCGUCUUGUACUACCGGCCCAACCGCAUGCAUCAGUACCUGUCGGCCACGGAGCUCCGGAACAGCGCCCAGUCGGCCGUCAACAUCCAGCAUGGCCGUCCAACCCGGACCACUUUACUACGAGCAAGAAAUCGGUCUGUAUCGGCGCCAGUCACCAUAGGACGUGACUAUCAUCAACGGUUGGAGGAGAUACGUCACUCAUCCAGCACACACAGUCAUCAGAUUUCUGGCAGCCCCUUACACACUCAGUAUUUCCAGCUGCAGACAAGCCCAGGUGACGAAAGUUUCUACUCAUUCCUCACAGGUGCAAGGUACAACAGGGCUCACUGCCUGGACUCCAAGAGUGUUGACCACAGUGGAGUCUACAUGCCCAGACACAACCCGGCAUUUGGAUGUUUCUAUCGCGGCCCCAAAGGACAGUGGUACUUGCAGGAAUUAGAAGAUUCACUCAACGACUCGCCUGUCAACUCACCUAACCGCUCCCACCACCAGCAGCCUCGACCCACCAGCGUCCCAAUCCACCCCAGGGCCAGCAACACCUCCCAUGACGUAGGCACCCCCACCCCCACAGAGGAGUCGCUGGCUCCCCAGGGUACAGCCGGGACCAAGAUGGCGGCGUCCCCGAGGGCGAGCAACGCCAAGGUCAAGGUCUCGCCCAGGGCAGGUCACUCCAGAAGGUCACGGAACAGGGCGAACCUCAGCUUCAACAUCGUGGGUCAGCGUGUUCCGAUCAGUGGCGUCAAACUCCCGGUGUUGGGUAAAGUGAAAGAAACGCCACCGGAAACUGAGACUCUGACGCCGCAGCCAGCACGUGCACAGGAAAUGACGUCACGAGUCACGUGCGGUGGAAGGCAGGGAUCUGCCACCUCCGAGAGGCUUGAGAUCUCUGUGCUGAUAGAGGAAGAGGAGGAUGAUAAAGUAGAGGAUGAUAAAGUAGAGGAUGAUAAAGUAGAGGAUGAUAAAGUUGAUAAAGAGGGCGAGAGGUUGGAUGGGGAGGUAACUGAAGAAUGGCAAGAUGAGACGAUGCAGGGAGGUAGGAAGGAGAGCAAGAAAACAGAGGAGGCACCAGAAGAAGGAGGAAGUCAACCAUCCGUGACAGGACACAUUCAAACUGAUGAGCUUGACCAAGUCAUUAAAUACGACGAUAAUGAAGCUGACCUUGAACUAGAUCAACAGGGGACAAAUGGAGCUGACCUUGAACUAGAUCAACUAGGAACAAAUGAAGCUGACCUUGAACUAGAUCAACAGGGGACAAAUGAAGCUGACCUUGAACUAGAUCAACAGGGGACAAAUGAAGCUGACCUUGAACUAGAUCAACAGGGGACAAAUGAAGCUGACCUUGAAUUAGAUCAACAGGGGACAAAUGAAGCUGACCUUGAACUAGAUCAACAAGGAAAAAAUGAAGCUGACCUUGAACUAGAUCAACAGGGGACAAAUGAAGCUGACCUUGAACUAGAUCAACAAGGAACACAUGAAGCUGACCUUGAACUAGAUCAACAAGGAACAAAUGAAGCUGACCUUGAACUUGAUCAACAGGGGACAAAUGAAGCUGACCUUGAACUAGAUCAACAGGGGACAAAUGAAGCUGACCUUGAACUAGAUCAACAGGAGACAAAUGAAGAUGAUAUGGAACAAAUACAUCAACGGUUGGCAGAUGAAGAUAAUUUGGAUAAGAAAGCCGAUGAAAAAAGACCAGAAAAUGAUAAAUCUGACGAAAAUGCAGUAUCGCAAGAAGAUGUUCUGUUUUUUGUGACGGAGAAAGAUGGUGUGCAAGAACCUGAUGGUGAGUUGAAUCACGACUCGGGUGAGCAGCAAUAACAUUGGCAAAGGUACGGAACCAAAGGGUUCAAUAAGUCAUGGAAGACAAUCUAUGGAUACAAUUCGUAUGUCUCAGUAUUACUAUAUGCUAUCAGUAUUAGUGUAUUGUUCGUUGUUUUAAAUCAGUUAUCUCAAGUUGUAUAGUUUGUUCUGUGGGCAAGCCGAAUAACUUUAUUAGUAUAAUAAUACAGGAUUUUAUGUCCUAUCGUAAAAUGUAUGCUUCCUACAAGUAUACGUGUAUAUGUGUUAAAUAUAUUGUCAAAAUAUAGU